UUGAUGCAGUUGUUGACAUAAUGACUUUUGGAGCAUUUGAGCCUUGUGAAGUUUGCAAAGAAAUAAAUUUCCGUUAUGUAUAUGGUCAAGGCUAUGUGUGUAAGGGUAAUCUUACAGAGUGGACGAAAUGUACAAAUGUUGUAAAGGAACCUAAAAGACAACCUUUUCUUGUACCUGAGGAACUGAAAAGUAAAUGCCCCAUCUUGGAUAGCUACAAGUUUAAGAGUGUUGGGAAAAGAAUUUGGAUCGAUCAUGGCCCAACCACUGCUGAGGUGAUUGAGAAAAAAGAAAACAAGUAAGUUUUAAAAGAAUUU